AUCAGAGGAGUAGGAGAGUCGACGUUUCGGGCCUAGACCCUUCUUCAUUCCUUCACUGGUGCUAACUCAAAAUCCUGGAACUGUCUUCCUAUCGGCACUCUGAGUGUUCCUACACUCUGCAGUGCAUAGGAAGUGUGCAGAAGACCGCAGCAUUUCAAGGGGACAGCUCACCAGCAACUUCUCAAGAGUACUUCAACAUAAGCAAAUCAAUGGUGGCCCAGUCAGCAAAGUCUAUGCCCCAUGAAUGAAUUUUAAAAAGCCGCACCCACUUUCCCACCUCAGUCACCAAUCUCACCCACUUAUCAACUUUCCCAAGUAGCUAUCUGUUCAUUAUAUAAGACCAGAAGAUAGAGGAACAGAAUAAGGCUAUUUGGCCCAUCAAGUCUGCUCUGCCAUGUUUUUCAACCUCAUUCUCCUGUCUUCUCCUGAAAUUCUUAAACCCCUUACCAAUCAAGAAUCUCUGUCUUAAAUACACUCUGACUUUGCCUUUACAACCUUCUGCAGCGAUGAGUUCCACAGAUUCUCCACCCUCUGGCUGAAGAAAUUCCUCCUUGCAUCAGUUCUGAAGGGUUGUCCCUUCACUCUGAAGCUGUGUCCGCCCUCUCCUCCCAGUUGAAACAUCUUCUCCACAUCCACUCUAUACAGGCUUCUCAGUAUUCUGUAGGUUUCAACCAGAUCCCCCGCUAAUUCUUCUAAAUUCUAUCAAGUACAGACCCACAGUUCGCAACUGCUUCUCAUAUGACAAGCCCUUCAUCCCUGGGAUCAUACUUGUAAAUCCCCUCCAAAGCCAGCACAUCAUUCCUUAACCUAAAACUGCUCAUACUCUUCCAAAUGCAGUCUGACCAGAACCUUAUAGUGUUCCAGUGGAACAGCUCUACUGUUUUAUUCUAGCCCUCUUGAAAUGAAUACUAACAAUGCAUUUGCUUCCUAACUGCUAACUGAACCUGCAUGUUAACCUUAAGAGAAUCUUGAUCUAGGACUCCCAAGUCCCUUAUAGCUUCAGAUUUCCAAAACCUGUACCUGUUUAGAAAAUAGUUUACACUUCUAAUUUUCUAACCAAAUCACAUAACCUCGCAGUCACCCAUGUUGUAUUCUGUCUGCCACUUUGCCCACUCUCCUAGCCUAUGCAAAUCCUUCUGCAGCCUCCCUGUUUUUCUGUGUCCCUCCACCUAUCUAUGUGUCAUCUGCAAACUUGGUAACAAUGCUCUCAGUUCUUUUGUCUGUUUCAUUAAUGUAUAACAUGAAUAGUAGUGGUCCCAAUAGCGACCCCUGUGGAACACCACUUAUCACUGGCUACCAUCCCGAAAUGAAACCCUUUAUCCCUACUUCCUGCUUUCUGCCAUUCAGCCAAUCCUCUAUCCAUGCCAGUAGCUUUUCCCUAACACCAUGGACUCUAAUCUGAAUUUGUGGCCUCCUGUACAGCAUCUUGUUAAAGGCCUUUUGAAAAUCCAAAUAGAUCAUGUCCACUGGCUCAGUGUUGUUUAAUUCAAUUGUUACCUCCUCAAAGAAUUUUAACAGAUUUGUCAGGCAUGACCUCCCUUUGAUAAAGUCUUGCUAACCGUGCCCUAUUUUACUAAGUACUUCCAGGUACUCAUUCUCAAUAAUAGACUCUAAAAUCUUACUAACGACCAAUGUCAAGCUGACCAGCCUACAGUUUCCAGUCUUCUGCCUCCUUCCCUUCUUAAACAGGGGUGUUACAUUAAUAAUUUUACGGUCCUCUGGGAUCCUCUCUGACUCCAGUGAUUCCUCUACAAUUUCCUCAGCUAACUUCUUCAGAACUCUGGGUUGUAGUCCAUCUGGUCUGGGUGAUUUAUCCACCUUCAGACCUUUCACCCUCCCCCCACGCCUUCUCCUUCGUGAUUGCCACUAUCCUCACCUCCACCCCCUGACUCUUUUAAAGUUCUGGAAUGCUGCUGGUGUCUUCCGCUGUGAAAACUGAUGUAAGAUACCUAUACGGUUCCUCCAUCAUUUCUUUGUUCACCAUUACUACUUCUGCAGCCUCAUUUUCCAGCAGUCCAAAGUCCACUCUUGCUUAUGUCUUACCUUUUGAAUAUAUAAAAAAAGCUCGUGCAAUCUUCUUUUAUAUUUUUGGCUAGCUUACUCUCAUAUAUCAUCUUCUCCCAUUUAUCGCAUUUUCAGUUAUCCUCUGCCGAUUUUAAAGGCUUCCCAAUCCUCUAGCUUCCCACCCACCUUCACCACAUCAUAUACUUUAUCUUUUGCUUUUAUGCUGUCCUUCACUUCCCUUGUCAGCGUCCCCCUAGUAUGUUUCUUCAUCCUUUGGAUGAACUUCUGCUGUGCCUCCUACAUUACCCACAGAAACUCCUGCCAUUGCUGCUCCACCAUCUUUCCUGCCAGAUUCUACUUCCAGUCAGCUCUGAACAGCUCCUCCCUCAUGUCUUUACUCAUUUGUGAUACUUUUACAACUGAUUCCAGCUUCUCUCAAACAACAAGGUGAACUCUAUCAUAUUAUGGCUGUAGUCCCCCAGGGUUUCCUUCGCCUUCAGCUCCCUAAUCAUAUCUGUCUAACAACACGUCACUAAAUCUAGAAUUGCCUGUUCCCCAGUGGGCUGUUCACAAGCAACUCCAAAAAAAAUCUCAGACAUUCUAUGAAUUCCUUUUCUUGAGAUCAAUUACCAAUCUGAUUUUCCCAGUCUGUCUGUGUUGACAUCACUCAUCAUUAUUGUAGUAGGGCCUUUCUUAUGUGCCUUUUCUAUUUCCUGAUUUCUUUCCUUCUCCACUGCUGCUAGGAAGCCCAAAAAUAACUUCCAUCAGGAUUUUCUGAAGAAGGGUCCCAACCCAAAACAUCAGCUUUCCUGUUCCUUUGAUGCUGCCUGGCCUGCUGUGUUCCUUCAGCUCCACACUUUGUUAUCCCAUCAGGAGUUUUUCCGUUUUUCCUUUUCCUUUUUUCCUUUGCAGUUCAUCAACUCUACCCAGACAGAUUCCAUACCUUCCGACUGUGUAUCACUUCUUGCUAUCGAUUUAAUUUCUUACAAACAAGGCAAUCUCACUCCCUCUGCCCAUCUGCCUGUCUUUUUGAUAGGACAUGUAUCUUUGGUUGUUUAGUUCCCAGCCCUGAUCACCUUUCAGCCAUGCUUCUGUGAUACCCACAUUACACCUGCCAAUUUCAAUCUGCUGGUUCAUUGACCUUGUUUUGUGUACUGUGUGCAUUUAAGUACAGUACCUCAGCUCUUUGUUGACUGCCCCUGUUCUUUUAGUUACCCCCUUACCUGCUGCACCUGAAGUUAGAUUCCUGACUCUUCCCAUACUCUCUCUCUCCUAUUAUUUGUUCCAGAAAUGUUAAUAGCCUCUACUGGGCCAUCACCCUCUUUAAAUUUUCCCAUAAUUUUCCAUACAACUGAACCCACACCUCCACUAUUUAAUUGAAAACCAUAGCUCUAGUUCAUGUGAUUUGCCAGGACUCUUGUCCCAGCACGAUUCAGUGCAGUCCACCCUAUCAGAACAGCUCCCUCCUUCACCAGUUCUGAUGCCAAUGACCCAUGAAUUCAAAGCUGUUUGUCCCACAACAAUCUUUGAGCCGCAGCACUUACCUGUAAUCUUAUUUAGCCUGUGACAAUUUGCUUGUAGUUCAGACAGUAAUCCAGAUUAUCACCUUUUUGAUUCUGCCUUUUAAUUUAGCCCCCAGCUGUUCAUAUUCCCUCAACUGAAGCACUUUCCUCUUUCUAUUUUAUCAUUGGUACCCACAUGGACCAUGACAACUGGAUCUUUCCCCGCCCACUCCAAGUUUCCUGACAGCCCAGUUGAGAUAUCCCAAAACUGAGUACGCAGCAGUUAACACAGCCUCCAGAACUGUUGAUGCUGUCCACAAACAUCAGUAUUUAUUCUCUUGAUUAUACUGUCUCCAAUUAUGAAUACAUUUCUGUUUUCCUCCCCUUCUUGAAUGGCUCCCUGUACCAGGGAGCUAUGGUUAGUUUGCUACAGCCCACAUCCACAAAAGGAACAACAAUCUCAAAUCUUUUAGAUAAGCUCAAGGGGUGAAGCUCUUCAGCAGUACCUUUUGGAUGCCUCUACCUGCCUCCUGUCCCUGACCACUGACCAAAUUAGUGCAAUUUAAUCUAAGGAGUGUGACUGUCUCCUGAAACACAACAUCCAGAAGGAUUGCACCAUACUAUACAAGAGAAUGCAGAAAGGACAGACACCACAGAUAGAUCCUCACUCACCCAUGAACAACUGUACAACAGUGGGAAGUCCCUUCACAGCAUUGGCGAACACAGAGAAGGUUGGGCAGUGAAACCAUCAUCUGGAAAUCGGUCAGCUGUGGGUGAUCGAUCAGGGUGAUACUGGGAAGAAGUGUAGUGGUUCCUAGUGUGGUGAGAGCUUCAGUCAUUCAUCAAAAUGUAUGAACUACUGACUCAUGAAAGAGUCAGUUGAGAGGCAAUUCAAGUGUCAAGUUCAUUAGAUCCCAGACUAACACAAGGACAGCCAGAUGGAAGAGAAACAAUUCAAGCAGGAGGUAUGUGACCAAGACUUCACACAGUCAUCAACACUGAUAGAUCAUCAAAGCACUCACACUGGGGAGAAGUUGUUCAUUUGUGAGGUCUGUCAGAAAGCAUUUCCCCGAUCCUGCGAUCUUCUGAAACAUCAAAGGAUCCACACAGGAGAAAAACCAUUCAAGUGUGAGGUGUGCGACCAGGCCUUCACACUAUCAUCAACACUUGUGAAUCAUCGACGCAUUCACACUGGGGAGAAGCCAUUCAAGUGUGAGGUGUGCAGCGAGGGUUUUGCACAGGCAUCAACCCUUUUGUAUCACAGACGCAUUCACACAGGGGAGAAGCCAUUCACGUGUGAAGUCUGCAACAAAUCAUUCUCACACUCAUCUUCCUUCCGAAAACACCAGCGCAUUCACACAGGGGAGAGGCCAUUUAAGUGUGAGAUAUGCGACAAAGCAUUCACCAGCUCAACAUCAUUCCUGAUGCACCAAAGGAACCACACAGCAGAGAAACCCUUCAAGUGUGAGGAUUGUGACAUGGCUUUCACGCAAUCCUCUGAUCUCCUGAGGCACCAGAGGGUCCACACAGGGGAGAAACCCUUCAAGUGUGAGAUGUGUGACAAGGCUUUCACACGUUCAGCAACACUUGUGAGACACCGACGCAUGCACACUGGGGAGAAACCAUUCACAUGUGAGGUUUGUGAGAUGGCUUUCACCCAAUCCUCUGAACUCCUGAUGCAUCAAAGGAUUCACACUGGACAGAAACCCUUCAAGUGUGAUCUGUGUGACCAAGCUUUCACACGGUCAGCAACACUUGUGAAUCACCGACGCAUUCACACUGGGGAGAAGCCAUUCAGGUGUGAGCUGUGCAACCAAGCCUUUGCACGGUCAUCAACACUUGUGAAUCACCGACGUGUUCACACUGGAGCAAAGUUAUUUGUCUGUGAGGUUUGUCAGAAGGCUUUUCCCCGAUCCUGUGAUCUCUUGAAACAUCAGAGGAUCCACACAGGAGAGAAACCAUUCAAGUGUGAGGUGUGCGACCAGGCCUUCACACUAUCAUCAACACUUGUGAAUCAUCGACGCAUUCACACUGGGGAGAAGCCAUUCAAGUGUGAGGUGUGCAGCGAGGGUUUUGCACAGGCAUCAACCCUUUUGUAUCACAGACGCAUUCACACAGGGGAGAAGCCAUUCACGUGUGAAGUCUGCAACAAAUCAUUCUCACAUUCAUCUUCCUUCCGAAAACACCAGCGCAUUCACACAGGGGAGAGGCCAUUUAAGUGUGAGAUCUGCAACAAAGCCUUCACCAGCUCAACAUCAUUCCUGAUGCACCAGAGGAACCACACAGCAGAGAAACCCUUCAAGUGUGAGGAUUGUGACAUGGCUUUCAUGCAAUCCUCUGAUCUCCUGAGGCACCAGAGGGUCCACACAGGGGAGAAGCCCUUCCAAUGUGAGAUGUGUGACAAGGCUUUCACACGUUCAGCAACACUUGUGAGACACCGACGCAUGCACACUGGGGAGAAACCAUUCACAUGUGAGGUUUGUGAGAUGGCUUUCACCCAAUCCUCUGAACUCCUGAUGCACCAGAGGAUUCACACAGGGCUGAAACCUUUCAAGUGUGAUCUGUGUGACCAAGCUUUCACACGGUCAGCAACACUUGUGAACCACCGACGCAUUCACACUGGGGAGAAGCCAUUCAGGUGUGAGCUGUGCAACCAAGCCUUUGGACGGUCGUCAACACUUGUGAAUCACCGACGUGUUCACACUGGUGAAAAGUUAUUUGUCUGUGAGGUGUGUAAUGAGGGUUUUACACAAUCAUUGGCACUGGUGAACCAUCAGCGCAUUCACACAGGCAAAACUAAUCCUAUGUGAGAAUAAUUGCACCAUUCAACACCAAAGAGGAGAAACACUACAGAGAGAUCCUGACCAUCACCCAAAGAACAACAGUAGGAAGACACUAGCCCCCAUGCAGCAUUGUUGAACACUGAUAAAGUUGGACAGUAAAAUGAUCAUCUAGAAAAUGACUGAGUUGGGGAGCUCUGACAUACCAUAAGACCUGAAACCAGUCAUGGUGUGGAACCUUCCAUCAGGACUAAGAUUUGAGAAGAAGUGUGAGUGGUUUCAACUGUGGUGAGAACUUCAAUCAUUUAAGUCACAUGAACCACAAAUUCUUUCCUCCUUGUGAGAGACUAUUCAGUGUGAGAUAUCUAAGGAGGCCUCCACAUUGCUCAUAAGAUCAACAAACAUGCAAGGUCCAUCUGCUGUCCAACCUUGACAAGCAGUCACAUGGAACAGAAAUUAUUGAAGUGUGAGGUGUGUGAUAAAACCUUCAAACACUCAUCAACUCUCAUAAAAUACCGACACAUUCACACUGAGGAGAAGCCCUUCAAGUGUGAGGUGUGUAACAAGAACUUUGUAGAAUCAGCAGCCCUGGUAAAACACUGCCACAUUGACAGGGAAAAUGGAGAAAAACCAUUCAUGUGUAAUAUGCACCAAAUCAUUUUCACAGGCAGACCUCUGCAGGCACUAGCGCAUUGUCACUGGGAAGAAGUGCUUCAAAUGUGAAACAUGUAACAAAGGGUUUACAGAAUCCUCAGACUUACUGAAACAUUGGCACAUUCAUACCGGCAAAAAGCCAUUUACGUGCAAGUUGUACGACAAAUCAUUUUUGUGGUUAUCGUCCCUCUGUGUACACCAACACAUUCACACAAGGGAGAAACCAUGAAUGUACGAGGUCUGUGAUAAAUCAUUCUCCCUGUCAUCAGAUGUCUGCAGAUAUCAACAUGCUCGUAUAGGGGAGAAGCCGUUCAUGUGUGAGGUGUGUGACAAAUCAUUCUGGAGUCAUUGGACCCCCACAGACGCCAACUCAUUCACACUGGGGAAAAGCUGUUUAAGUUGUGAAGCCUGUUACAAAUCGUUAUUGUGGUCAUCAGCCCUGCUCAGACACCAAUGCCUUAAUACGAGGGAGAAACCAUUUACUUGCGAAGCAUGUGACAAAUCAUUCUCAAACUCAUCAUCCCUCUGUGUACAUCAAAGCAGUCACACUGGGGAGAAACCAUUCAAAUGCACAGUCUGCAACAAAUUAUUUUCAUGGUCAUCAGCCCUCCAGGAACACCAACACAUUCACACAGGACAAACACUAUUCUGAUGAGAGGUGUGUGACAAAUCAUUGUCUGAUUCAUGGUCCCUCUGUGCACACAAAUGUUCACAAAGGAGAGAAACUAUUCACAUGCAAAGUGUGUGACAAAUCAUUCCCACAGUUAUGAGCUCUCCGUAUACACCAACGUAUUCACACAAGUGCGAAACCAUUCAGAUGUGAAAUAUGAGAGAGGGCUUUCACCCAAUCCUCGAUCUCCUGAGGCAUCAGAGGAUCUACGUAGGAGAAAAAUCCUUCAGUGUGAAGUGUAUGAUGGAGCCUUCACACAGGCAUCGACACUCAUGCAACACAAACACAUUCACACUGAUGAGAAAACGUGUGUGCAAGGUGUGACAAACCCUUUACAAAUCUUCAUACCUCCAGCCCCAUCAGCUGAUUCACACCGGAGAAAAACUAUUCAUGUGUAAAGAAUGUGGAAAAUCAUUCUCUGGGUCAUCAGAUCUCCAUGUACACAUUCACACAGGCGAGAAACCAUACAAAUGUGAGAUAUGUAACAAAACAUUCUCAAACUCAACCACCCUCCAUAUACACAGAUACAUUCACACAGGGGAGAAGCCAUGUAAGCUGUGUGACAAAUCAUUCUUGCUGUCAUCAAAACUUCUACUCUAUCAAAUAAUUCACAUAGGGGAAUAAACCUUCAAGCGAGAGUUUUAUGAUCACAUUUGAAUCUUCUACCCUCCAAGGACACCAGAGAAUUGACAAAGAGAGGAAAUUCUUCAGAUGUAAUGUUUCUGACAAGGCUUUCUGUCACAUGUUUAAUCUUCUGAAGCAAUAACAGCCAAAUAGUGAUAACUGAAGAUACCGAAGGCUUUUGCCAAUGGCUUCAAAGUUCUGAAUCUGUUUGCAGACUUUCAACACCACAAUACAGUGAUGGAUGAAGAACUCUCAAUCUAUCAAGCCACUUAUUACCAACACAUGUCAGCAUUGGAGAAAUACUGUGAAAAAACAUUAAAUGUAUUGAGUAGCAGGAAUUUUAAAACCACCAAGCCUGGAUAAAUUUAAGCAUAUUGUGCUUUUAAAAAAUGACAUUAAGACUCACAUGACCUGUCAUUCUAAAACAUUUAGAGGGAAUAGUUACCUGAAAAUUGAAAAUGAUUCUGGAAAAUGAUGAAAUGCAAGUACGCAGUCUGAGUGGUUUCGGUGCACACAAAAAUUGUUGGUGAAUGAGAGAGUAAACAGAAUAUUGAAUUUGGAUAAAUUUGCAUAGAACUAUAGCAAAUGACUAGAAUGUGUUAUCAAGUAACUUUUUUUUAAAAUGGAGGUCAUCCCAGAGAAAGAACAAUCAAGUACAUUUUUGAAUCAAACAGAAAUGUCUGACUUCUGUUUUAAAAUAUUAUAAAAUUAUGAUAUGUUACAUUGGACUACCAAUCUCUUCAGCACUCUGGAAUCAGAUAGUACAGUAACAGUUAAAUUGCAAAAUUCAAUGAGGAAGUAAUUAAGGGUUGAGAGUGGUGACUGAAGACAAAAAAAAUAGAAUAAUGGGCUGUAACAGCAAUUGAGGUUAAAACUGGGCAGCACGGUGGCUCAGUGAUUAGCACUGCUGCCUCACAGUACCAGUGCCCUGGGUUUGAUUACAACCUCAGGUGACUUCCUGUAUGGAAUUUGCACAUUCUCCCCGUGUCUGCGUGGGCUUCUGCUGGGUGCUCCAGUUUACUUCCACAGCCCAAAGAUGUGCAAUUUACGUGGGUUGGCCAUACAAAAUUGCCCAUGGUGUUCAGGGAUAUGUGGUUAGGUGAAUUAGCCACAGAAAAUGCAGGGUUACAGGGACAGAGUAGGGGAAUGGCUCACAGUGGGAUACUUUUCGGAGGUAUGGACUUGUGGGGCCAAAUGGCCUGUUUCCACACAGUGGGAAUUCUAUGAAAUGAAAACACAUUUUAGUGUAAGGGAAGUUAAAAUGAGAGCACUAAACUGAUAAGUUUCUCUUAGUGAUGUUCAUGUUCUUAUCUUUCCUUUUAAGAGAACUGAAUUUGAUGACCCAGCCCACUACCUGAGGCAUUGAGAGCAUAUAUGGAGAAAUAAAUAAAAACUCAGAUCUUUGAUAAGAUCAAACAAGGAUCAGAAAUGUAUGAUAUGAUCUUGGGAUACUGAUGUAAGUGUACAAAUGUGAUUGUUACCUUGGACUGCGUGGUGGAAAAAUGUUGUAAACAGUGGGUCUAAGACAUGUACUUGACAAAAGGAUUAAUGUGCCUGGAACAGCACAAAAACAGUGUAAACCAUAAAUCACUGACUCUUGAUCCAUAGAGAAGCUGACUUUAAAACAAUGGAAAUAGUAUUAGUGAAAGAGGUGAAAGAAAAAUCAAACCAAUAGAUGUGAUUGGCUAUUUUGUCAAAAUGUUCCAGAAAUGAAAGAAUGUAGACUCUGGGAGGAGUGGCAAUGAGUUGAGUGAAGAGGCCCUUCAGAUGACACACAGAUACCCUGGGGAGAAAAGGGGGAAAUCACAAGCAGAAGGUAAAGCCUGAUGAACACUCUGUAAGUUGUUAGAGCUAUAUGUUUAAUGCCAUGUGCAUUGCAGCUCUGAUACAAUCAUUCAUAAAACUGGCAAGGAAGGGAGCAUAUUAAAGAAGUAUCCUCAAGACAUAUACAGUUGAAGAGAGCUAGGGAAAUUUUAAGUAUAAUAUUUUACUGUUAUUGUGUGAGGUGAUCUGUGGACUGAGAACUGGAGGAUUAAAAAAUACUAAUUAAGGAGCAUGAAAUCUGAAUUUAUAAAAUUCAGAGCUUACAGAAUUUGAAUAAAAUGCAUUUUAGACAAGUUAUGCAAGUAGAUUAACUGAAAGUAAACCAGAUGUAGACAAUUUGAGAAGAUCAUUAAACUCAAAGACCAAGGUAAGAACGACAAUGGAAAAGGUUUAUGAGACAAGGGUAAGAAAGAGAUCAUAUCCCGCAAUGGCCAGACUUCACCAAUGCAAUUGUGCCACAUGGGCAGGUGAGGUGUCCAAACCCCUGAUGAGAAAAUUAAUUUGAGAUUAAGAGCAGUGUUGCAAAGUUGGGUAGAGUAUUCAUGAAUUGGAAGGCAGGAAGUUAGAAUUUGUUGGUAAAAAUGAUAGUGGUGAAAAGCAGUGCAUAGUCCCUUUAAAAGAUGGUGAUUUUUCAGUGCUUGGAGUUAAAAUGGAUGUCUGACCAGCAAUUUGAAGUGCAGGUGCACACAGAGAUUGCCUGAAUGGAAACAUGUUGUAUCGAACAGCCAAGCAGGAUUUUUACCAAGACAACAAGUCUUUUCAAAUUUAGCAAUCAAUUUAAACCAAAUCCUUAGAUAGAAAAUUUUAAAUCUGAUGGUGUUGACACCAAAACCAAUGUAAGAAUUUGAUGUAUAAUAGUGGAUAUGUAAAACAGGUUUUCUGAAGAUCAGGGGAGAGCCAACUGCCAAGAGACAACACCUUUUAGUUUGCUGUCAGAGAAAACACCAUCUAAUUAAACCAGUACCAUGGUAUUUCUAGCUAAAAGUCUUCACAGAAGCAGUUACAGAGAAAAACAUCCCUGACAGUAGAAUCAGCGGCAGAAAGACAAUUGUGACGCGAGAUCAACAGAAGAAAGGCUGGAGAAAGCCGAGUGUUCCAGAAGACCGUCUGUGCAAACUUGGAGAGAUUAAGUUUUAAUUUAUUGUUGUCUUAUUAAUUGGGUUUAUACAAGUAGGACUUGUGUUUAACAGCAUUCCAGUAGAAUCUAGUUCAGUUAGGGAGUAGUUAGUAGUCUAAGGGGGAAUUGUUCAAUUCAUUAGUAAUUCUGUUAAUUUGUUCAUUGUUAGGAUUAAAUAAAUAAAUUGUUCCUUGUAAAGUGGAGAUCAGGGAUUUUCUUUCUUAAGAUCAUUCUUUCAACAGAUUAUGAGGGGAAAGGCAAGCUUCUCUGCAUGCUUUGGGGCCAAUUAUUAGAGGGGAACCUCUACUCCUGUCAUAGCAGAUUAGGGCUUGUGUUUUGGUUUAACUUUCAGGAGGGUUCUGCCAUUCCCUCUCCAUAACAGCAGUAUCAGACGUCCACAGGGCUAAAUGAGAGUCUGUGCUGCUCCCUAUCCCUAAACAUAUUCAAGAAGUUAAAGUAGUAAACCCAACAGGACUGAUGGUGAGGGAAGGGAAUGAGCACGAGUGCAUGACAGAAGUCAGUGAAGGAAAGAGAGUAU